AUGUGUCACCAUCGCCGGCCACCCCGGCGCGGGGCGCGCGCGGGGCCCGGAGGGCGGGGGGCGCAGCGGCAGCAGCAGCAGCAGCAGCAGCCGCCGCCACCGUCGCCGUCGCCCCCGCUCCGGCCCGGCCCGGCUACUCGGCGCCCAGGCCGCCCUCCGCGGCGCGGGCCCCGGCCCUCCGCGGCGCCAUGGCUGCUGCGCCCCGCCGCGCUCCCCCCGGCUCCUGGCUGCCCGCCGCGCUCCCCCGGCUCCUGGCUGCCCCGGCUCCCCGGGAGCCCGACCUCCGCCGCGCCGCUCCGCUCCGGCCUCGCCGCCCCCCGGCUGCCCCGCGCGCGCGCGCCCCCCGCGCCCCGGCCCCGCUCCGCUCCGCGCCGACCACGCUCUGCGCCGCCCCGCGCGCCGCCGCGUCUCCGCAGUCCGCCGCCCCGCCCCCGGCCCCGCCCCGGCCCCGCCCCCGCCGCGCCGCCGCUUGCCGUCGCCGCCCGCGCGCCUCCGAGGCCCCGCCUGCCGCCCCUCGGGGUGCCGGAGACACCCCCCAAACGCGCCCCUGGUCCAGGCCGGGUGUCCGCGGGGCGCCGGGCGGCUGGCAGCCCGCACAGGCCCGGCGGGGCAGCCGGGGAGCUUGGCGCCGGGACCGGGGGCCCUGGGGCGCGCAGCCGAGGGAGCCUGCAGGAACCGGCCCGCGGCCCGGGGGGCCAGGGGCUGGAGCUGAGUGUGCCAAGGGGCCGCUUCCCGCACAGUCCCUCCUGGUGUGAAUUUUAG